CCGCCGCGGCCCUCGCCGUGAGUGCAGCCGCCUGCCGCCUCGCCGCGCAGGGGCUCAGCGCCUCUCUCCUUCCCCAGGCGCGCAGAGGAGCGAGGAAGGAAGACAGAGACCUUUAACAGGGCGGGAUGUGCCUCUCGCCCAGGCCUUUGGGGCGCGCGGGCGGCGUCCCGUACCGAGCCUGAGGCGGCUGCUCGAAUUGACAGUCCGCCGACUGACUCUUCCUCGCGGCUGGAUAUGUUUCCUCCUGAAGCCGGGUGUUUCUUUGACAUCGUGAAGCUGCGUGGGAAAUAAGCUGGGUUCCCAGAGCGAAUCGCGAGACUCGCCCCUUCCCUGGGAGAAGGGAAAUGCGCUGGGGCUUGGAGGCAGAAACGGGCUUUUCUCCAAUUCCCAAGAAGAAGCGCUCCUGCUUCCCGAGACAUGAAGGCAGCCUGGUGUAAUGGAGUAAGAGCAGAGGCGGCCCCUCUCCUCUGCCAUUUGCCCUUCCAGACUGGAUUGUAAACCAGUGGAGUUCAGCAAGGCUGUUUGGAGAGGAGACGAAAAAAGAAAAAGGAAAUUCCUCCUGACCUUCUUAUUAUUUUUUUUAUUAUUAUUUUUUAUUAUUAUUAUUUUUUCCUUCUGCCUCGUCCUUUGGCCUCGCCAGGUAUGACUGCCUCACUGCAGCACCUUUUGCUGGUGCUCCUGCUCUCCAGUGCCACCCUGCUGCUCAGCACUGCGGCUGCUACACAGAGUGAGGAGCGGCUGUGUGCAUUUAAGGACCCAUAUCAGCAGGACCAUGGAAUCAGUGAGAGCAGAAUCUCUCAGGAGAAUGGCACAAUUCUGUGUAUGAAAGGUAGUACCUGCUAUGGACUUUGGGAAAAAACACGAGAAGGAGACAUACAUCUUGUAAAACAAGGAUGCUGGUCUCAUAUAGGAGACCCACAAGAGUGUCACUUUGAAGAGUGUAUAGUAACAACUACCCCUUCCUUGAUUCAGAAUGGAACAUAUCGCUUCUGCUGUUGUAGUACUGACUUGUGUAAUGUCAACUUCACUGAAAACUUCCCACCUCCUGACCCUACUGAUACAACACCUUUCAAUUCUUCUCAUUCUUUUCAUCGAGAUGAGACUAUAGUUAUUGCCCUCGCAUCUGUGUCUGUCCUGGCUGUUUUGAUUGCUGCUCUGUUCUUUGGAUACCGAAUGCUUGCAGGAGACCGUAAGCAAGGUUUGCACAGCAUGAACAUGAUGGAGGCAGCAGCAUCAGAGCCCUCGCUGGAUCUGGAUAAUCUGAAGUUACUGGAGUUAAUUGGCCGGGGACGAUACGGAGCAGUGUAUAAAGGCUCCCUAGAUGAACGCCCUGUUGCUGUGAAAGUGUUUUCUUUUGCCAAUCGCCAGAACUUUGUCAAUGAGAGGAACAUUUAUAGAAUUCCCCUGAUGGAGCAUGACAAUAUUGCCCACUUCAUUGUGGGAGAUGAAAGGUUCACUGCAGAUGGACGUAUGGAAUAUUUAUUGGUGAUGGAAUAUUACCCCAAUGGUUCCUUAUGCAAAUAUUUGAGUCUCCACACAAGCGACUGGGUGAGCUCUUGUCGUAUGGCACAUUCUAUUACUAGAGGCUUGGCGUACCUGCACACAGAGCUACCUCGAGGAGACCAUUACAAACCUGCAAUAUCCCAUCGUGACUUGAACAGCCGCAAUGUCCUGGUGAAGAAUGAUGGAACAUGUGUAAUCAGUGAUUUUGGCCUCUCCAUGAAGUUAACUGGAAACAGACUAGUACGCCCGGGUGAGGAAGAUAAUGCAGCCAUUAGUGAGGUUGGUACGAUCCGCUAUAUGGCCCCAGAAGUGCUUGAAGGAGCAGUGAACCUGCGGGACUGUGAAUCUGCUUUGAAACAAGUAGAUAUGUAUGCACUGGGCCUUAUCUACUGGGAGAUAUUUAUGAGAUGCACAGAUCUCUUCCCAGGAGAAUCUGUGCCAGAGUACCAGAUGGCUUUCCAGACAGAAGUCGGAAACCAUCCCACUUUUGAAGAUAUGCAAGUCUUGGUGUCUAGGGAGAAGCAAAGACCAAAAUUUCCAGAAGCCUGGAAAGAAAACAGCCUGGCUGUGAGGUCACUUAAAGAGACAAUUGAAGACUGUUGGGAUCAAGAUGCUGAAGCUCGACUAACAGCGCAGUGUGCUGAGGAGAGGAUGGCAGAACUCAUGAUGAUUUGGGAGAGAAAUAAAUCAGUUAGUCCAACAGUCAAUCCUAUGUCUACUGCCAUGCAAAAUGAGCGGAAUCUGUCGCAUCAUAGGCGUGUAUCAAAGAUAAGGCCAUAUCCAGAUUACUCUUCUUCCUCCUACAUUGAAGAUUCAAUCCACCACACUGACAGCAUAGUGAAGAACAUUUCUUCUGAACAUUCAAUGUCCACUACACCAUUGACUUCAGGGGAGAAGAACAGAAACUCCAUUAACUAUGAGCGGCAACAAGCACAAGCUCGCAUCCCUAGUCCUGAGACAAGUGUCACCAGUUUGUCCACCAAUACUACCACCACCAAUACAACUGGCCUCACUCCUAGCACUGGCAUGACUACCAUAUCUGAGAUGCCUUACUCAGAUGAAACAAACUUGCAUUCUACAAAUGUCAUGCAGCCAGGUGGGCCCACCCCUGUUUGUCUGCAGUUAACGGAGGAGGACCUAGAGACGAACAAACUGGACCCAAAAGAAGUGGAUAAGAACCUGAAGGAAAGCUCUGAUGAGAAUCUGAUGGAGCAUUCACUUAAGCAGUUUAGCGGGCCAGAUCCGCUCAGCAGCACUAGUUCCAGCUUACUUUAUCCACUCAUAAAACUUGCUGUAGAGGUGACAGGACAACAGGACUUCACACAAGCUGGCAAUGGUCAAGCAUGUUUGAUUCCUGAUGUCCCAUCUGCUCAGGUCUAUCCUCUACCCAAGCAACAGAACCUUCCGAAGAGGCCUACUAGCCUUCCUUUAAACACCAAAAAUUCAACGAAGGAGCCGCGGUUAAAAUUCGGUGGCAAACACAAGUCAAACUUGAAGCAAGUGGAAACAGGAGUUGCCAAGAUGAACACUAUCAACGCAGCAGAACCUCAUGUGGUGACAGUUACCAUGAAUGGAGUGGCUGGGAGAAGCCACAGCAUAAACUCUCAUGCUGGGACAACCCAAUACGUAAAUGGGGCAGUGCCAUCUGGCCAAACAACCAGCUCAGUAGCACAGAGGGCCCAGGAAAUGCUUCAGAACCAGUUCAGUGGAGAGGAUAGUCGGCUGAAUAUUAAUUCAAGCCCUGAUGAGCAUGAACCCUUGUUGAGACGGGAGCAGCAGGUUGGCCAUGAUGAAGGUGUUCUGGACCGCCUAGUGGACAGGAGAGAGCGACCACUGGAUAAUGGCCGAACAAAUGCCAAUAACAACAACAGUAAUCCGUAUCCAGUGCAAGACACAGCUACGCUCAGUGUCCAGAAUGUAGCAAGAAAUCCUGGGCAGACCCAGCCUAGAAGAGCACAGAGGCCUAAUUCGCUGGAUCUAUCAGCCACAAAUAGUUUGGAUAGCAGUAGUAUGCAGUUAGGUGACUCGCAAGAUGGCAAAUCAGGCUCAGGAGAAAAGAUCAAGAAACGUGUGAAAACUCCGUACUCACUUAAGCGGUGGCGUCCUUCAACAUGGGUCAUCUCCACUGAACCGCUGCACUGCGAGGUCAACAACAACGGCAGUGACCGGGCAGUCCACUCCAAAUCCAGCACUGCUGUUUAUCUUGCAGAAGGAGGCACUGCCACCACAAUGGUAUCUAAGGACACAGGAGUGAACUGCCUGUGAAAUACUUUAAAAGCCAACAAAUGACCUUUUUUGCAUUAUUUGAAACAAACGUGCAGAAGACAUUUAAAAAAAAAAACUGCUUUCUCCUCCUGUCAGCAACCCCUACCAAGGACUCGCUUUAAAUAGAUUUCAGCUAUGCAGAAAAUUUUUAGCUUAUGCUUCCAUAUUUUUUAUUUUGUUUUAUUUUUUGAACGUUUUUGCACUUUUAUUUAGUAUCGCUAAAGUUAAGUCUGUCUGUUUUGACCACGGAAUAUAUAUAUGUGUAUCAAAAAUGUGGUCUCAAAAUAUUUUUUUAAAAAAAGUAACAAAAAAAAGUAUUGCUGAUAAUCAGUUUGGACCAGUUUCUUAAGGUCACUAAGAUCAUAAGCAGACUAUAAGACAGGUUUGACUGCAGUGGUGUCUUGUAACCAUGUUUUGAUUUCUGUGCACAAGCUAGUCUGUAUAUUUCUAUGUUAAAAGGUGUAUUCUGUUUUGAACCCUUAUUUUUCUUGUGUCAUGUUGAAAUGUGCAAUAGUCUAUAGUUCACAGUAUGCUUUACUGAAAAGUGUGUUUCUAAAACUGCCACGUUCCCUUUCUGUGAGUAUUUGUUAAUUUUUCCCUGACAGUUGAGCAGUCAGCCAGUCAUGACAGUGAACUUUGCACACCAUAGCCAGCUUGAAGCAGCUGCCUGUAUCACAUUGUGCUCUGAGGUGACAAUGCAUGAAUUUUCCCAAAUUUAAAGGGCUUUUAAAAAGGAACAACAACAGAAAGCUCAGUACCUUUCCUUUAAUCCUUCCAAAUCUAAAUGUGUUUCCUCUGUAACAGUAGAUGCUAGCCUGUGAAGUUCUGAAUAACAAAACAUUGAACAAAUGUAAGGAAACAGAAUGUCAGCCAUUUUUCCAUUUUAUUUUGGUGCAGUUUCAGCCUUUGUAUUUAUGUAAAACCUUAUUUAGAUCACUAAAAAUGUACAUUGAAAAAUACAUUUUUAUCAGCUGUCUUAAUGACUGUCAUACUUAAAAGCUCUAGUGAAGACAGGUUGCUAAGAUAUUUUGUUUAUGUAGAGGAAAAAAAAAUCAUGAAUCUUGAUCGGCACAAACCAGUUUUGUGAUGAGUCACAAAUCUUUCAGCAUUUACCUCCUAUAGAAAGUCUGAGGUAAAAUCAGCCUGAUUACUUAUGCAAGUAGAUGCAUCCUAAUUGACUGUUGUUGCUGAGUUAAAACUCUUCUUCCCUUCAGAGUUUUUAGAUCCUCUUAUUCAUCUUGUUAAAAUUUAAUGCAUGCUUUUAAAAUUCAUGGUUAUGAGUGUUUCGAGGUGAGAGUUGUUUCGUUUCUCUGGUUAGAACUUUCUUUCUGUUUGUAUAUAACACUCCACAUGUGAUUUUAGGUGUCAGUGAUCAUGAAUGUAAUAUCUAUUGAGAUAAAUUGUUUUUCAUCUUCUCAAGUAAACAUUAUUAGUGUUAUAACAUUGUUACAGUGAUCAUUUUUGCUUUCCACUGAAAGAAAAUUGAUUUCCUUACUGGCCAAACCCCCCUUCUCUCUAAGAGUUUUAGCUUGAGAAAUAUUCUUCCUGAUUGAAAAAUUUCGUUAAAACCUAUUUACAUUAAAAGUAUAUAACAUAUGUCAGUCUUUAGCACUGAGUAAAGUUUUAUCACUGCAUCUGAAAAGCGGUUAUGUUCAAAGACAGAAAAUCUAUUCAGUCAGCAUGCCAAACUCCUAUGUAGAAUGCUGCUAGCCAACGAUUGCCUCCCCCAACAUGUCCUCUUGCAGCUGACUGAAACAAAUGCUAUAUGCUUUCAAGCUCAUUUGUUUCCUUGCUAUUGUAUUAUUUUCCCCCAUGAGGUCAACUUUGCCAAUUCUGUUCUUUUACAUCAUAACUGGCAUAUAUAAUAUAUGCCUUCCUACAUCUGAUUCUUACCAUUUCCCGAACUCCGUUGUUUAUCCUUAAUUUCUGUGAUUUCCUAUCUUGUUCCUUAAAUGCUUCUUAGAUUCUCCUAGAUAAUCUCCAAGAAGUAAUGCUAUAUACCCAGCCUCUGAUUCAGCAUAGCAGUAGAAAUAUAAGCCAUGAUAGACUUCAGGCUCCCUGUGGUCUCAUCUCUGGUGUACUUCAGGUACUACCUUUCUUCUCAGAGGCGUAGUUCUGUUACCCGAAUGUGUAAAUACAGUUACGUCUCCCCUCUUCAAAAAGACAGCCUUUCUCUGGUUUUAUUCUUAAUUCACUCUCCAGCUUGCCAUCUGUUGCAAUCUCUCAUCCCAGGUGUUGUAAACCAGCCAUUUGCUCAGCUGACUUUCAAGAUCUGAAUAAGAUUUUUUGACAUGCUGUUUUUAAUUUUGACUGUGUUUUUUAUCCCAUUUGGGCUUCUCUGGGUCUACAUUUGAAUGUCUGGAGUACAGUAUGUUAUUUUGUGAUGGUCACCGUAUCAUGCACGUUGAAGAGUCUUCAUUCCUUUUCCAAAGACUUUCUGCUUUCCCUAACCUUGUAUCUUCUAUCAGCAUUGCAGACUGUGCUUUGAAAAGCAUAUGUAGUACUUUUAUCUAACCUGAAAUGCUCUGGGGAAAGAAAAGUUAAUUACUCUGACUACUGCUUUUUUCUGCUAAAGCAGUUUUGCACCAGUCUUCUAGCCUUUCUUUUCAGGCCAAUCCUUUGUAAGAAAUCCAACUUUUUAUGCUCAAUGCAAUCAAAAGAUUUUAAUAAAAUGAUACACCAGAUGGAAAAGUUCUACAAUUCUGCAGUUUUUCUUAAAGAUUCUCAAAAUAAACACAAUUUAAUUUCUUUUAUCUUUUUCUGCCACUUGGUAAAAAGUCUUUGGGAAGAAUCAUAAUAAGUAAAAGAAAAAAAAAGCUAUAUAAUCUAGUAUGGAUAAGUAUAAUUUGUAACAUGAUAGAAAAAUGUACUUUAUCCCAAAAUACCUUAUAGAUUAAAUAGAGAAAAGCUGUUUAUUUUUAAAGGUCAGUCAAAAUGAACUCUUACGUAGGUACCAAAAUAUUCUGAUUCUGCCACAGCCAAAUGAGAUCAGAUUAGCGCAGCUUGUUUUUAAUGCUUAAUUUAGUGAUGCCCUUUUUUGCUCACAGCAGACAAUCCAGUCUGUACAGAAUAUGUUCUUUGAUAAAUUGAACGAUACUGAAUUGUACCUCACAAAAGUACCUUGGGGAAAUCAUUCUUAAAUGAAUGAAAGAUGCGUAAGAGAAAUCUACAGAUCAGACACACGGAUAGUUGAUUAAUAUACUAUUACCUGGCAGGGGGGAAAAUGUGUUUUAUUUCCUUGUGUUUUUGUUUGUUUGUUUGUUUGUUUGUUUUUAAGAAAAAGGUCAGUUAUGGAAGUUGGUAGUUGUCUCUCAAUUUCUGAUAUAUAUUGCAGGCAAAAUAAAUAGUGUAAAUAACUAAACUGUGCCACUGUCAAAUAGGCAGCAGUAGAAUAUUUGCUAUGGUAAUUUAUGAUGUGUAAUUCAAGCAAAGUGUAACAGUAAACAUUUGUGAUUUUUGUGUAUAUAAGCCAAAAUCCAAACCCUUAGUGAUUUUCGAAAAAUCACUUGAUAAUUGAAGCUUGGUUAGGCUAAAUACAUGGCCUGUUUUUCUAUUUUCUGUAAUAGAGAUACUCAUCAACAUUGCAGUUUUUAGAAUGUGAAUUCUAACCAUUUAUGCAAACAUUUGCAUAGUGAAAUUUACUUUCUUCUAAAAUUGAUAUUCACAAGUCAGAACACUUCCCCUGAAUCUGCUCACAAUGAUCUAUAGCUUCACAUGUUGAACAUUAAUAAAAAUGCCAUUCUUGGAACUCCCAGAUGCACUUAAACCGCAUAGCUAAAGGUAAAUGAAUUCUCAAUUUAAAAGAAAAACAAUUGGUAUUUUCAUCACUAUAAUUUUCUCUGAAACAAGGGACAUUUCAAUUAAUGUAUAUCUAUGUUUUGCUUUCUUACUGCAGUUAAGUGUUCUUUGUGUCCACAAAGUUACCUAUUUUCAAAGACAAUACAAUUUAUUUUUUUCUGUCUGUUAAGGGAAAAAAAUAAUGCAAAAUGGAUGCUGGCAGGUUUCAGGAAUAAAUAAAAAUUAUGAUUAGAAAAUACAUAUCCUCACAUCUAUCAGUGUGUUCCAAAAUAAAUUUUUAAUCCUAGCAGCCUGAGGAAGGAGUAUAAGGGUGUUCUGUAUAAGUGUGGAAGAGAUUAUUGUGCAAAACUUGAUAUUAAUGACUAGGUGUUUAGAAAAUACAUGUUGUAUGCAUUAUACAUGGCAUAGUUUGGGUGUUAGGCUGAUUUUUGGGAUCAUGCGUUUUGCUCUAAUGAUAUCCCUUAAGUACUUUUGAGAGUGUUAUUAAAAAAAAAAUCAAUUAGUGUAAUUUUACUGGGUUUAUGUUCAGACGAUGAUUUCCUUCUGUGGCAAAUACUCAAAUGAUCACAGACAUUUUGCCCGUGAAAUGUUGCUAUGAAAAGUUCUAGCCUAAUUAAAGACAAUUUUUAAAUUUACAUAUGUAGCCAUUACAGGAGAAAUGUCUUGUGAUAUGCUGUAAUUUUUACUUAUAUAAAAAUGAUAAGGUUCCCAUUGCUGAAACAGAAUGUUUUUAAGCACUAAAAUAGUAAUUGCCAAGCAUAACUGACUCAAUGUCUAUUAAAUUUGAAAAUUGGGAACAAUUUGUCAAAGAGGUUUGACGUAGGAUCGAUUAGAUUGUAAGUGUUGGAUUAUAGACUGGACAACUUGGGUACUUUGUGUAAAUUUGGCUUAUUUGAAUUUUGCUAUCUGAUCUCCCACUAUCCAUUUUAACAGAUAAAUAUAUUAAAUAACCUCCCUUUCUUCCAUGUACUUACUGUUUUCAGCUGUGGUUGCUUGUUCUGUGAAAAAGCUAUACAUACGGCAUUGGAGCCAAAUACAUAUUUUUAUGUAAACUCUAUAUGUAUUUUGAGGCAUAUGGUCAUGCAUAAAAUCCAGGAUUAAAUUCUGUGGGUUACAGAAUCCGAUGGUAGCAGUGGUACAAGUAUAGUGCUCUUCUGCAUAGGCCAUUUUUAAAUUGUGUUUAGUACAUUAUGAUACGUAUUGGGCUCAGUCUGUGACACUUAGUCCAGCGGUGCAAGGUCUCUCAGACUUGUCACUGAUUGUUUAGGUGGAAUGAAUUCAUUCUCGAAAGACGAGAAUGCACUUGAUCAUGCAUUCAGCUGAAGCUGAGUAAUUUAACAUUGCUCCUUUGAAGAUAUUAGCUAAGUCUGAAAAAAAUCCAAAAUCCUUCAGUAUGAUGAUUUUUACAAGGCUUUUGUUAUACAGCUAUGGUUAUAUGCGUGGUUGCCGUUUAAACAUAAGGUUAUUUAGGCCAUUAAAUCCAUCAGGGAGAAAUUACUUUUUAGGCUUGUAUAGUGGCAUAUAAAGCCUCAAGCUGUAGAAAUAAACCCCCCCUUUUAUUUUCCUUCCAAAUUAGGUUUAGUUUGAAUGUGAAGUAAUAACAAAUCAGAUUUAUUGUUGUGAGAUUUCUUCUGUACUCACUAAAACUGGUAGCAGAUUUUCCACUUCUGCAGAUAAAUACAUAGAUUCAGGUCCUCCUUCGAAUCAAAGCAGGAGUUUGUUUGGCCCAAGCGUGUCUGAGGAAAUCGGCAUCUAUUCAGUUAAUGCUCGCCUCUGAAAUCAAAGAGGAGUCUGCCAUUGAUUUUGACCGAAGGAGGGUCAGGUUCAGCUGGUGCUGGUCUUAAUAUUUUCUCAUGAGUGUUCGUGCUGGGAAGGCCAAAGCAGAAUGUUAGACCGUGGGGGCUGACCCUGGGUAUUGAUGUUUUGUGGGGUGUUAGCUGAUGCCUUGAAUCAUGCUGUCGUGCUAGGUCAGCACCAGUUCAGCUGUGGUUACUGUUAAGAAGUGGAACUGCACCAGUAGGAGCGAUAAUAGAAGGUUUCAAGAUAAGUUCUCACAUACACCAAAGCCUUUUAUGUUGAUCUGGGCUUAGUACAGGUCUGAUUUAGUCAGAGCUGUAGUGAAUUACUAAAAUGGAAGUACUUUUUAUGGCAAUUUCUAUUUAUUUCACUGUGGUUUAAUCUAUAUAUGUGCAUAACAGGGAACCAGUUGGAGUUAUGUUAAUUUAUAAUGUAAUUGUCAGAUAUUUUUAAAAGUAUAUUGGUUGGUAAUCAUGUACAAUUGCAAGUCACUCAGUUAACUUCAAUACAUAGGUCAUAUUUCAACAGAUUCAGUAACUAUCACAGUAAAGGAAGAUUUCUUAAAUUCUUGCAGUUUUCUAUAGCUACGUUACAUAAUGUCCUUCAGGAGCAUAGCCUCUUGCAUGGUAACUAUUUUAAAGUAGAAAUAGUUACUUUUUAUAGCUUAUUAGUUAUAAGGCCUCUCAAAAGUCAACUUUUUUUAGCCUAUUCACUUACCUAUUUUUAAGACAGAGCAAGAAUUUGAGAGGUUUAUUUCUAGAGCACUUGAUUCACUUUUUUGUGCCUCAGAAUUGUAUCAUGAAGUAUCACACUUGUUUAUUCAAAAGAAAGGAAAAUUGUUAAUGUUUCAGUAAUCUUUUAACAGUUACAAAAAGAGGCAAGUCCAAGUUACAGCUGACUUUCAUUUGUCACUUCCCUGACAAUUUCUGAUUUGUGGCUCUUUUCUCCGUUUUACAAUGUUGAAAUGUAUUUAAAAAGGUUUAUACAUAAUGUUUCUUGUCUGCUUUUUGUCUCUAGAGGAAAGUGUGCUCUAUUCCCUUUUAUAUAAGCUGGAAUCAUAUUUUACAAUCACUGUUCAUUAUUCCCUCCCUCCCCCAUGCAGUAUAAAAGGAAAAUGAAAUUGCAAAGACUGAUUUCUAGGGUUUGGUCUUCUGUAGAAGCUGAAAUAAGGAGAUGUGAAACUGCCAUUUUCUUUAUGAAAGACUUUAAAAAGAGCAUUAAUUUCUGAGCGAGCGUUUCUGGGGAGGAGGAGGAGAAACCCUAGAAUAUGGAGUCUCAUCAGAACCCUUUUGUUAACGGGUAUUUUUGUUUUUUCCUCUCAAGUAACUGAGGAAAUAUUAUGUAUGAAUUUAUAAAUAAUUGCUUUCAGUUAUUUCUUUUAUAUAAGCUGCCCAAUACCCUUGUUAUGCUGUAUAAGUUGUGUUUCAUGGAACAGUGUGAGUAUGAAAUAAAAAGCUAAUUUUUGUUUUUUAAUCAUCUGUGGAUGCCACUAUGAAAGCUGACAUUGUUAAAGCCACUACAGAGUUUUCUAUGAAUACUUGUAAGAAUUGCUUUGUUAUAUAUAAACCUAAAUAAAGAGAUUGUAUUGAUACAGAGACAUUGGAUAAGAACAUUUAAAAGGCUAUUCUUUAGGUUUAAAAGAAAUGGCUUGCUGUAAAAUGGUGCAUUACUCCAUUUAUUAAAGAUCAUAUUAAUGAUAAAAA